GAAACCUCAUAUUGGCAAACUGAAUUUUUUGUGAAGAAAUCUACCAGCUCCCAACUGUAAAGUCAUCCUGUGCCAUUUCCUGGUUGAAACAAAGGCAUGGUAAAAAGAGAUGUUAAUCUCUGUGAAAACAAAGCCUUCUAUAUUCAUGUGUGCACCAAUCUCCCGAGUUUUGUGAAGAGAAACAAAAUGGGGACAACACUCUGAGGAUGCUGAGGGAUGACCCCGUUGGUCCCUGAGGGUUCUUCAUCAGCAUUCUGUGAUAAUAAGAACGUGGACUUCUGCUCGUCAAAAUCCACUGGCCAUUGUGGCUAACUGUCAGGAGGCUGGAUUCUGACUUCCAACCAUUGAUAUCUUUGUGAAAAUUGGUCUACAUCCACCCUUUAAAAGCACCGAUGAAUGAAUCAGAACUUUUGAAAACAAAGAAAAAUGGACACAUUUUAGUAAAAAAGAUGUUAAAAACAAACUGGAAGGAGGCAAAACUGACCUUGCUAUUUACCUUCUGAGAACAAAUGUAGUUGCCACCUUCAUACAAGAAAAUGAACAGCACAUGUAUUGAAGAACAGCACGACCUGGAUCACUAUUUAUUUCCGAUUGUUUACAUCUUUGUGGUCAUAGCCAGUGUCCCAGCCAACAUCGGAUCUCUAUGUGUGUCUUUUCUGCAAGCAAAGAAGGGGAAUGAGCUAGGAAUUUACCUCUUCAGUUUAUCACUCUCAGAUCUGCUCUACACAUUAACUCUCCCUCUAUGGAUUGAUUACACUUGGAAUAAUGACAACUGGACCUUCUCUCCUGCCUUGUGCAAGGGGAGUGCAUUCUUCAUGUACAUGAACUUUUACAGCAGCACGGCCUUCCUCACCUGCAUCGCCAUCGAUCGGUACUUAGCUGUGGUCCACCCUUUGAGGUUUUCUUUUUUAAGGACAAGAAGAUUUGCCUUCAUGGUCAGCCUAGCCAUCUGGGUAUUGGAAACCAUGUUCAAUGGUAUUAUCCUGUGGGAAGAUGAAACAACUAUAGAAUAUUGUGAUGCCAAGAAGUCUAAUUUUACUUUAUGCUACGACAAGUACCCCCUGGAGAAGUGGCAAAUCCAUUUCAACUUCUUUAGGACAUGUACGGGGUAUGCAGUACCACUGGUCAUUAUCAUGAUUUGCAACCAGAAGGUCUACCAAGCCGUGCAGCAUAAUCAAGCCACGGAAAACAGUGAAAAGAAGAGAAUCAUAAAACUCCUUGUUAGCAUCACAUUGACUUUUGUCUUGUGUUUUACUCCCUUUCAUGUGAUGCUGCUGAUUCGCAGCAUCUUAGAGCAUGAUGUGAACUUCAGUGAACUUAUCUUUAAAGACCAUAAGUCUGGGAAGCAGACUUAUAAAAUGUAUAGAAUCACGGUUGCAUUAACAAGUUUAAAUUGUGUUGCAGAUCCAAUUCUGUACUGUUUUGUCACUGAAACAGGAAGAUCUGAUAUGUGGAAUAUAUUAAAAUUCUGUACUGAGAAGCUUAAUAACGCAAAAGGACAAAGAAGAAGCAUACUUUCUAUGUCUACCAGAGACACUGUGGAAUUAGAAAUCCUGGAAUAGAAGCAAAGAUUUUUUUUAAGGUACACAGUAUCAUAUCAUCAAGAUUACAUUUAGAAGAGGAAAUCAAGCAUAGGAGGAGACGAAGUGUUCCAAUUGAAUAUUUUAAUCCUCUUCAGUGAAAAUCUUUUAGAAGUGUACUGUAUGGUUCCCUGAGUUUUAUUAAAUUGAAUAUUAAACAAAAUUUGAUAUUAUCCUAAUGACUCUAGAUCAUUAUUAUCGAUGGCAAAUGGUUUCUUUUGUUUGGUGUUUUUUUUUUUAUCCAUGCUAUAACCUUUUAGAGGUUAGUAGAUGUAUGGAACUCUGUGUCCUUGAAUCAGUGAGCUUUGUGUCUGGUUUUCACGAUUUUUGUCACUCUUUCAUGGAUUUCAGACCACCAACUGUCACUUUUCUCAAUUGUGUGUAUCUGUCUCCGACAACCUCAACUACUACAUACUGCUUCUAAUCUUCUCAUUAGGUAACAAAUAUUUAUUGAGCCCCCUCUAUGUACUAAGCUUUGUGUUAAGUACUAGGGUUUCAGAAGAAAUGGUCUCAUGAAGUCUUAUGAAGCUUACAUCAGUUUGGAAACCUGAUAAGACUUUUUAUAAAGAAAAAGUAAAUAGGAGUCUGAAGGCCUCUUCCAUGAUAUAAAGCUAUGAGCUACAUGAACGCUCUUUCAGCUACUCAGAGACCUUCUUUAGUUUCUUUAAAAUCAUAAUUUUUUUUUAAAUUACAGUUGAGCACAACAUAGCUGAAAUUACCAGAAGUUUAAUGUCUAGACAAAAAGACAUAUUAUAGACAACUUAUUCCAUUAAAUCUUAUAGUCGGGGACUUCUUUUUGGACUUAGAAUAUUUAGAGACUCUUGAUAGAAUAUAUUCUUUCAUGUUUAUAUUUUUUCAUUGUGGAAAUUACUCUGCCUAGUUUUAAGCAGGCAUUCAUUAAGUAAACAUUUUUAUGAACCAGAGUAUUUUUCCAGAUUUUUAAGGAUUUUUUUUUUUUUUAUCAUACACUACUCCUCUCCUUUCUCUUUCCUAUCUGUUUCCUAUCUGUUCCUUCUACUUCCCCUCCCUGCAAAAUGAUCUGAUAGCAAAUGUCUUGGUACCAUGUUGUGCCUUCACAUUAGAAAACAAACAUCCUGGGAACAAGAAAGACUGUAUCUUUUCAAUAAUAAAAUCAGUGAGUACACAAACUGACUACGUUUUCUAUUAAGGUUUUCUGUGAUGGUUUAGGUACACAAGAGAAAACCACCUUGCUUUGAGGUCACUUGUGUAUUCUCUGUUCUUUGUAUUUUUCUGAUCAUAAAUUUUCUGGAGAAUUAAUAGAUUCUGUCUGGUCACACUGAGAUACAUUCACAUAUGCUUAAAAGCUAAAGAUACACCAUUAAAAUGAAGAGUAAUCAAAAUAGUUUAGGCUGUUUGAUUAAUUAUUGAUAAAUUAUUGGCAGGC